CUCUGAAAGCGCAUUGCAAUUUUGUCCCUUUUGCUUUGUUAUAAUUCGUUUGUCAAUACCACAAACUCGGUCUGAGAUCCUGUCGUCGCUCCCAAGUUUGCCGCUUGUCUCACGUCCAUUCCCCUCUCACAGCCGCAACGAUGGCAUCUAACAAAGCUACUCGGUUGGGUGAGGAGAUCUGGAAAACCCGAAUCGAUAAGGUGAACGCUGAGCUCGUCACCUUGACGUACGGAACUAUUGUCGCACAGCUCUGCAAAGACUACGAAAGCGAUUAUGCGGAGGUGAACAAACAGCUCGACAAAAUGGGUUACAACAUCGGACUGCGAUUGAUCGAAGACUACCUCGCCAAGUCCAACACCAUGAAGCGAUGCGCCAACUUCCGCGAGACGGCCGAGAUGAUUUCUCGUGUUGGAUUUAAAAUCUUCCUCAACAUCACUCCUCAGGUCCUGAAUUGGACAAGCGAAAAUGACCAGUUCUCGCUGGUGUUUGAAGAGAACCCUCUCGCCGACUUUGUCGAGCUUCCCGACGAUGGACGAGCGCAAGACCAGCUCUGGUACUCCAACAUUCUAUGCGGAGUGCUACGAGGUGCAUUGGAGAUGGUACAGAUGCAGGUUGAGGCUCACUUUGUUAGUGACGUCUUGCGAGGCAACGAAACUACAGAAAUGAGGGUUUCGCUAGUUCGAUACCUCGACGAUGAACUGCCACCUGAGGAUGACUGAGAGGUUAAGAGGAGCACUUAGUUACGAAUGUGACGACGAUUUGGCAUUAUGCCAAUAGAGCUAUAUGGAGAUGGCCAAGUGGCAAUCUACAGGGUAGAUAUCGAGGGAAAGUUCAUCUUCAAAAGAACAUCGACGGUAUGCAUGACGACAUGUCGGCCAGGAUGCUUGGUAUGCAACACAAACUCAGCAAUAAAAUCCAUCUAUCAGUUGUGAUAGUUGGCCAUGGAUUAUGCAUGAUACAUGCAAAAUACCCUGAAGGAGGACAGCUGUCAGCCACGUGCUAGCCUAGAAAGAAACGCACGUUUAAUAAAGAUCAUGCCAGACAUCGGCGAUUAACAUGA